AAAAGAACUAUUUCGCUUGCUCUCAGAACUAUAUUUACUAUAUACUGUGUCUUUGUUUACUAUGUCUAGAUUCCUGGGAUAGGCGAAAGAAAAAGGCCAAGAAGCACAAGAAGCCUGCGAAGAAACGUUUGAGCACGCUGGAUAAAAUCCAGUCAAUGCUAGUGCAUAAACAAUCCAGCAACAAAAAUAAACGCAACGGCGACACUGCGAUCAGUGGGCCUAUGAGCGCCAUGGGCGGAGGUGUGCCUCACAAUCAGGCACCGCCUAGAGACUCUAUUGAAAGAGCUUGUAGCAUGAAGGAAGAAUUAUUAUCGGAAAUUGAAAUUCUUGGCGAACGAUUGCCGCCAAAUACGCUAGACCAAUUGAUGAUCGUCGUUAAAUUCUACAAAGAUGGAGCAUUAGAAGUUUUAAAGAAGCUAGAAAUCUGGCAACAAUGUCUGGCCUUAACAAUAUCUGCCAUUGUAAUAUGGUGCGGAUCAUAUAUUUAUCAUUACCACUGCAAAUUGAGAAUAACGCACGACACUAUCACAUGACACGGUUCUACAUAAAUUACAAUAUAGAUUUACGCAAUCUGCGCUUUAAUCCGCGUGCGCGUGGUAAUAAUGAUACGUAA